CCCAAAGACGCAGGCAAAACCGGACUCACAAGAGCAGAGGUCCUCAGACGAGUGAACGAAGAGUGUGUGAAGAACGGGUUGCCGCCCUUUUGGGAGGAGGUCGAGACCCAGAACCAAGACACGAGCCGAGAUGAAGCAACACUGGAGGCAACAGAGGAAGACACCGGGAAGGGCACCAAGACAACAAAGUGGAGGGUCUGCCACGCUUUCACGGCCCUCAACAAGGCGUCCCAAGUACCGCCGUUCCCACACGGGGACAUCGGAGCCAAGCAUCAAUUUGCAGCCGGACACCGCUGGGCAAGCGUGAUCGACCUCGCGUCUGGAUACUACGCGGUCCCCCUAGACGACGAGACGGUUCCCUAUACGGCAUUCUACGUCGAAGGAAGGGGAUAUUUCGUAUACCUGCGCAUGCCAUUCGGUCUCACAGGCGCUCCAACCACCUUCUGUGAGAUGGUAGCAGCCGCACUCGAGGACAUGAUUGGCCGGGAACUUGUCAAUUGGAUGGACGACAUCUGCCUACCAGGUGAUGUAUUCGAAGUCAAGUUAGCCAAUCUGAAGCGCUUCUUUACCAGAUGCCGCGAGAAACAGCUAUCACUGUCACCAUCCAAAACAAAGCUUUUCUUCACGGAGGUCUUGUUUGCGGGCGCGGUAGUUGGACCAGCGGGCUUGAAGCCGAACCUGGACAAGGUCGGUGCAGUGGUGGACUGGCCGGUGCCCGAGAAUGUGUCCGACCUCAUGGGCUUCCUCGGCAUUGCGGGCUACUUCAGGAAAAUGAUCCCAGCCUUCGCACGCAUUGCAGCCCCACUCACAGACCUCACGCGAAACGUGGAGGUAGCCCCACCAAGCUCAAACUGGCGUGUGCGGAAAGGCGACUACAAACGGGCCCUAAAGUCAGCGUCAAUAAGACACAAAUGGGGCGAUGCUCAACAACGUGCGUUUGUCACCCUCAAAUGCUUAUUAUCACAGGAACCGGUGUUGAAGACGCCCCAAUACGAUGGCCGGCCAUUCAAGAUCACGACAGAUGGCUCAGCAGAAGGCUUUGCGGGCUACUUGGCGCAGGAGUUCCCCCACACAGACAAGAACGGGAAGGAAUCAAAACGAUGGCACCCAAUAGCGUUUUGCUCCAAACGCACAUCGACGAGCGAAGCUAAACGAAUUUGAAAUGUACACCUACGGCUCCCCCAUCGAGAUCGAGACGGACUGCCAAGCCCUGCGCGACACGCUGAUGCGGGAGAAACUAAACUCCCACCAUAGCCGCUGGAAGGAGUCGAUCCUUGCGCGCAACAUCAUCGACAUUCGACACCGACCCGGCAUUGAGAACCCGGUGGCAGACGCGCUAAGCAGGAAGUGGGCGAACCGGGACCGCACAGAGCAGGACGGAUCAGCGUGGUCGGUCCUAGCAGACUGGGAAGCACCACGAGGGGUCAUAAGGGACGUGUUUACAGUGGCAGACACACACGCGGCGAGUCACCCUCUCCAAGCUCUGUUUGCUGACGACCUAUUCUUUGCCCCGGUAAUCGACUACCUGCUGGGGUAUACAGUCGGGGAUUCGAUUGCAGAGCGCAGAAGACUCGCGCACCGCGCGGAAGGGUUCAUGAUUGCAGAGGGUAAACUCUGGCGAGUCGCGGAUACGGCAGCGCGCCGAGUAGCACGGACGGAAUGCAUCCCCACAGCGCAGGGCUUUGAUCUAGCGAUGAAGGUCCAUGCGCAGAACGGGCACUUCAAUGUGGAGAGCACGAAGCUCAAGCUCUCAGACCGCUACUUCUGGCCGGGUAUGGACACAGACUGCCGGUCGGUAAUACUCGAAUGCCCGCGGUGCAAGAGCUUUGGGGCCCCGACUCGUAACUCACUGCUGCAACCGAUCCGCCGUACACUUCCAUUUGCCCUGAUUGCAGGCGACUAUCUCUCGUUACCGGACGGCAAGGGUGGAUUCAAGAACGUGGGUCUCUACGUGGAUGUGUUCUCCCACUUUGUGUGGGGGACGAAACUGAAGUCGGCGGGCACCGCAAAAACGACCAUUGAUUCGCUAAGUCAUAUCUUCCACGAACACGCGGUGCCUGACGCUUUCAUGGCGGACGGGGGGAAGCAUUUUCGCAAUGACGCAGUGUCAGACUAUUGCGCCGCUAACAACGUCAAGCACAUUACGACACCGGCAUACUCACCGUGGGUCAAUGGCCUCAUCGAGGGAAGCAACAAGAUCUUGCUCAAGAUCUUGAAACGACUGUGCGCACCCGAUCACGAUGCAGACGAGGGGACGGUGGACCCAGGUGAUAUACCGAGGAACUGGCCAGAUCACUUCGACGAAGCGCUGAGCAUGAUGAACGACCGGAUCCUGAUUGCCCUCAAAGCCACACCGAGGGAGCUGCUAUUCGGACGACCCUUCACGCGGGACCAGGCCAUACCAGACCAGCUGAGUGAAACGACCGCAUCAGACGCGGACAUUCACUUCGCGAUAGCAGACAGCAUCCGCUGGACAGCACACCUCAGAUCGCUCCAACGGGCAGCACAACAGAAGUCCAGUUUCGAAGCAAACUCCAAAAUUGUCCACUUCAGGAUCGGCGACCUGGUGCAAUGGUACGAUUCGGAAGCGGACAACAACCGCCUCUCGGUGAACAAGCUAAAGCUGCGCUGGUCUGCGCCGGUGCAAAUCUACGCGCAGCACUUGAAUUCGUUCUCCCUCUGCAACCUAGAGGGCAAACCACUCGCCAAUCUACAAUUCGUUCAUUCGAGACGGCUACGACACUACAUCCCGCUACGUGAUUCUACCCUGGACCAGAAGCACCCGCGGGAUACGACAACGCCAGAUCCUACGACCCAGGACCUGGAGAUCGCCGCAGCGGAGGAACGGAUGGCGGAAGACGCGUGGAAGUCGAGUCUCUAAAACCAGUGGGCAGCUGGGGUUGCGUCGGGCGAGUAGGGCCGCAACUGCGGAGCCCAAUGCGUGGCGUUUCCAUUGACAAGACGGGGGGACAUGUCCGAGGACGGACAUCGCUUGAGGGGGGGCACCUGUGGCUGUGCCAGGAGUCUAGAGCUGGUCUUUCCUAGUUUAGACGGUACAUUAGUCAGACCACCGUUUUUCGGAGAAUACACCCACCUUCCCGACAUCUGCGGGCACCUGGCGUGGGUCCAAGUUCACACGCGCGUUCCAGAGGCGGCUCCA